AUGAUGGUCAUGGACCCCUACGGUGCCACCAUCAGCGCCACCCCCGAAGCGGCGACGCCGUUCCCUCACCGCAAGGGCGUCCUCUUCAACAUCCAGUACGUUAGCUACUGGUUCGCCGAAGCAGGCGGCGCGGCGGCGCUGCAGUGGAGCAAGGACAUGUACAAGUUCAUGGAGCCUUACGUGAGCAAGAACCCCAGGCAGGCAUACGCCAACUACAGGGACAUCGACCUCGGCAGGAACGAGGUGGUGAACGACAUCUCAACCUACAGCAGUGGCAAGAUCUGGGGUGAGAAAUACUUCAAGGGUAACUUUCAAAGGCUCGCCAUUACCAAGGGCAAGGUGGAUCCCCAGGACUACUUCAGGAACGAGCAGAGCAUCCCGCCGCUGGUGGGGAAGUACUGA